UCAAAGCGAUUCUUCCUAUCAUCAAAGGCUUCAAUCUCUCUAGAAAUUUCUCUCUUCUGUUAAAAUGGCGUUUAGGAAAACCCUAGCACAGCGUCUCUUCAAUAUUACCAAGGUCUCGACCCAAACCCUCGCGAAUUGCCGGAUUUCCUCGUCGACUGUCCGGACCCGGGCUCCACCCGACCCGGAUAAAGCCUCCAUUGUUUCCGAUCCCGGGGAUGGCGGGAUUUUCCGGCGCUUUCUCCACAAACGGUCAGCAUCGUUAGAGCCGGUGCUCCGGCCGCUUUCCGUCGGGGAGAACCUAAUGGGGAAGCUGAAGUCCAUGGGCAUUGCCCAGGACCGGAUCCGGUUUGACGGUCUGAGCCCUCCUCCUCCGGCGCCGACCGGUCCGGCGGAUGGGCUGACGGUGGAGGACGCGAGGAAGCUGCUGAGGGUGGCGCAAUUGGAAGCUGUGAAAGCAAGGCUGAGAGAGAUCCAGAAGAGCUGGAUACCGUAUUCGGACUUUGUUCGGGUCUGCGGAGAGGGCUCCUCGGAUUCGGAUCAGGGUCUCUGGUUGGCCAAGACGCUCGACGAGUCCGGAAACGUCAUCGUCUUAGGGAACGUCGUGUUCCUCAGACCCGACCAGGUGGCAAAAGCCAUUCAAAGCCUUAUUCCUAUACCCGGAGGAAACCCAGAUGAGCCAAGACGGCGGGAGGAGCUGGCGGAGAUGGAGAAGCAGAGGGCGGAAAUCGACAAAAAGGUUGAUGCCAUGGUUCGCCGGGAACUCUGGUGCGGGCUGGGGUUCGUGGUGGCGCAAACAGCCGGGUUCAUGAGGCUCACAUUUUGGGAACUCUCGUGGGAUGUCAUGGAGCCCAUCUGCUUCUACGUCACCUCCAUGUACUGCAUGGCCGGCUAUGCCUUCUUCCUCAGGACAUCCAAAGAGCCUUCCUUUGAAGGGUUCUAUCAGAGCCGGUUCGACGCAAAGCAGAAGCGACUCAUGGAGGCUCACAAUUUUGACAUUGCAAGGUACAACGAGCUCCGUAGAGCUUGUUAUCAAUAUCAACCCAAUUCAUCGUCUUCAGAACAAGCAGCAGCAGCCUCUUCAGCUGCUCCAUUGUUCAGAAAUGGUCAUCAAAAGCUUGAGUUUAGUGUUCUAAAUCAAUAAUUUGGACACCCCCCCUCCUUCCCCGGCCUAUUUUCCGUCCCAUAUGUAACCUAAAAUACAGAUCACGCGGCUUUCUACCAAAGUAAUAUAAUAUUGAGUGUUCUUAGUUUUUUGGACAUAUAUCUACGAGUAUCUCAACUCCAUCUUGGGAUGGGUAUAUGAGAAAACGAAG